AUGGAAUUUUUUAACUCUGCUUCUGGAAAAAAUAUCACCUUUGUGCGUCCUGCAUAUUUUAUUAUAAGUGGAUUUAUUGGUAUACCCAACAUGAAGUAUUACUAUGUCUUUCUCUUUUUUCUGUAUAUCACCUCAGUGCUUGGAAACACAGCUGUAAUGGUUGUAAUAUACCUGGAUCGUAACCUACAAACUCCUAAAUAUGUUGCUGUCUUUAACCUUGCAUUUGUGGACUUAAUAGGUAGCUCUGCUCUAGUUCCAAAGGUGAUAGAUAUCUUUUUGUUUAAUCACUACAACAUCUCUUACAGUGACUGCUUGACGUUCCUCUUUUUCUGUUACACCUGCCUUUCAAUGCAGGCUCUUAAUCUGGUUGCUCUUGCCUAUGACCGACUUGUGGCCAUCAUCUAUCCUCUGCACUAUCAAAUGAAGGUGACCCACAAAUUUAUGUUCUCUUUGAUUGCCUCUUUCUGGAUUAUUGGGAUAAUCUCUACACUAACUGCAGUAGGUCUUCUCACAAGACUUUCCUUUUGUAAAUCUUCUGUGAUUAUUGACAGCUUCUUCUGUGAUCAUGGUCAGAUAUUCCGACUUGCAUGCAAUGAUUAUACCCCAAGCCGAGUCAUUGGCAAUUUGUUGCCAAUUACUAUUCUCUAUCUUCCCUUUGCAAUUAUUUUGUUAAGUUAUAUUUUUAUCAGCAGGGCUUUAGCUAAAGUAGCCACAUUUCAAGAGAGAGCAAAAGCCUUUAAAACUUGUACAGCUCAUCUUUCGUUAGUGGCAAUUUAUUUCAUCCCAGUAUUAAUUACAUUCACAAUGAGCGCAAAUAUACAUCCAAAUGCCAGGAUUAUAAAUCUGUCUUUGACCUCAGUCUUUCCUCCCAUGUUAAAUCCAAUUAUUUAUGUUCUGCAGACACAUGAAAUAAAAGUAUCAGUGAGGAGAAUAUUUAAAUUUAGGAGGCAAUCCAAAAUUAUGAUAAAGUAA